CAGAAUAGGGACCCGCAGGCGGGGCACCCAGAGAGCGUGGAACUACAAUUCCCAACGGACCAUCGCACCCAAGGCGCACUCCCAGGUGAUGCCAUGGAGAGUGGAAAGCCUGGCCCAGUGCAGGUUGUUUUGGUUCAGAAAGACCAGCAUUCCUAUGAGUUAGAAGAGAAAGCCUUGGCCAGCAUUCUUUUACAGGACCACAUCCGAGACCUUGAUGUGGUGGUGGUGUCGGUGGCUGGUGCCUUCCGAAAGGGCAAGUCCUUCUUCCUGGACUUCAUGCUACGAUAUUUAUAUUUCCAGAAGGAAGGUGGUCAUUCAAAUUGGUUGGGUGACUCAGAAGAACCAUUAACAGGGUUUUCAUGGAGAGGGGGCUCUGACCCAGAAACAACAGGGAUUCAGAUCUGGAGUGAAGUUUUUACUGUGGAGAAGCCCGGUGGGAAGAAGGUCGCAGUUGUUCUGAUGGAUACCCAGGGGGCAUUUGACAGCCAGUCUACUGUGAAGGACUGUGCCACCAUCUUCGCUCUAAGUACCAUGACUAGUUCUGUUCAGAUUUAUAAUUUGUCCCAGAACAUUCAGGAAGACGAUCUUCAGCAGCUACAGCUCUUCACAGAAUACGGUCGUCUGGCUAUGGAUGAAAUUUUCCAAAAACCCUUCCAGACGCUGAUGUUUUUGGUUCGAGACUGGAGUUUCCCUUACGAAUACAGCUACGGACUAGAGGGAGGGAUGUCCUUUUUGGAUAAACGUCUACAGGUAAAAGAACAUCAACACGAGGAAAUUCAGAACGUCCGAAAUCACAUUCACUCGUGCUUCUCCAACGUCACCUGUUUUCUCCUACCACACCCUGGACUCCAGGUGGCCACAAGCCCUGACUUUGAUGGGAAAUUGAAAGAUAUUGCCAGUGAAUUCAAAGAGCAGUUACAGGUCUUGAUCCCAUUUGUGUUAAACCCAGCUAACUUAAUGGAAAAGGAGAUCAAUGGCUCAAAAGUCACCUGUCGGGGGCUCUUGGAGUAUUUUAAGGCAUAUAUUAAAAUUUACCAAGGAGAAGAUCUGCCUCAUCCCAAAUCUAUGCUUCAGGCCACCGCUGAAGCCAAUAAUUUAGCAGCCGCAGCGUCCGCCAAAGACAUUUAUUAUAACAACAUGGAGGAGGUUUGUGGGGGAGAGAAACCUUAUUUGUCUCCAGACAUUCUAGAGGAGAAGCACUGCGAAUUCAAGCAGCUUGCUCUGGACCAUUUUAGGAAGACCAAGAAGAUGGGUGGGCAGGAUUUUAGCUUUCGUUACCAGCAGGAGCUGGAGGAGGAGAUCAAGGAGCUCUAUGAGAACUUCUGCAAACACAAUGCCAGCAAGAAUGUCUUCAGCACCUUCCGAACCCCCGCGGUGCUUUUCACGGGCAUCGUGAUUUUGUACAUAGCCUCAGGCCUCACUGGCUUUGUUGGUCUUGAGAUUGUGGCCCAGCUGUUCAACUGCGUGGUUGGGCUGCUGUUAAUAGCACUUCUUACUUGGGGCUAUAUCAGGUACUCUGGUCAGUAUCGCGAGCUGGGAGGAGCAAUUGAUUCCGGCGCAGCAUACGUACUAGAGCAGGCUACUUCUCAUAUGGGGAAUUCCACUCAGGCCGCGAUGAGGGAUGCCGUUGUUGGGAGGCCCCCUGUGGAUAAAAAAGCUCAAUAGCAUCUUGACGAGGGGAUCCAAAGAGAACGCCGCCAGCCCUUCCUGAUGUCUGGGUUUCUGCCACGCCAGGUCCAAGUGCAGAGGAACGCAGAUCUGGGAUCACCUGGGAAGAGCUGAAACUCAGCAGUAAUAAAUUAAUAGACCUUUCCCGUGGCUUCAAAUUCUUAAACCUACUUCCAUUGCUAUUGGAAGCAUUUCUUUUCCUUGCUGAUAUAGAUCCACGCCUAUGUCUGUUUUCUUAUUACUCUCUGCUUUGUGCACUUUAUGGGGGAGAAAGCUAAAGGGAAAAGCUGCAAAUGUGGUUUUAAAUCCUGUAUGUACCACUUAGUGCCUUUUAAGAUUGUAUCCAGGCUUUUGAGGACACAAUAGGGAGGGAAUCGAGAAUAACCUCAUGAAAGAUGCUGUUUUGGGGUGAAACCGGUCUGUUCUUUUAUACCUUACUAUUUUAAAAUGUUUACAAAACUUGCAAAAGCUUCAGAACAAAAGACUGAAAAUGACGCCAUUACACUUUUAAAAUCUUAUAAUGUUAAAGAAUCCUGCUUGCCAGAGAGUGUGGAAAAACCACAACCUAUUUAAAUCUACCAUACACUGAAAUCUAUGGUCUUUUACUGACAGGCUGACAGUUUUGUUGGAACAUACUCUUAUUUUAUUUUUGCCUUCAUUCCUCUAGCUUCUUUUUAGAAAAGAGGCAAACAGGCCUUGAAGAGCCAGAAUGGCUCAUAAUGAAAAGAGUAAGUGUGAUACUUUAAACAAAAAAGCUUGAGUUUAAAUGUACUGUGUGACCUCUGAUAAGUCACUUGAACUUGUGCCUUGGUCAGAGUCACCGUUUGCAGGUUUAUAUACACAUAGGUGUUCAUAUAUCUCACAGUUGUCAUUUAAGAGGUCUUGUUUCAAGAGUUCUACAUAAGAACAGAACUUUAUUGAGGACUAGAGGAAAGACAUUACCAGACAUCACUGCCUUCAGUUGUCCUGUUUCAUGUGGCCUAGGAGUAAAUCAGGUCUUUAUCCAAAACAUUUACUUCUGUUCUCCUGGCCACUAAUCUUUUUAAUAAUAAAACUAAAAUUGUCAGUUUUGUUCAGUGAACCUUUCUUUAACCUCACUUGACUAGUCUGGUAGCUUUAAAAUAGCUUUGGCUUAGUGAGGACUGAAGUCACACCCAAAUCUGGACAUGGUCUAGAAGUGUCUAAGAAAUCUUUUUAUUUACCUUGAUUGGGUGAUAAAGAACAUUUUAUCUAUGAGUUGCCUUUUCCUUUGAUUAUAAUAUAAUGGUGAAUUGUGGGUUUUUAAACUCCAUAAAACUUGCCUGUAAGUAUUUACAUAAACAUUCAGGUAGGAGAGCCUUAAUUCUUAAGAUAAUUUUUAUUGUGGGAGGGAGAUAGAAAGGCUAAGGUGAAACCCAAGUGUAGAUUCUACAUACGUGAAGUCUGAAUGGAAGGCAGAAGAAAGAAACAUGUAAUCUCUUUAUCAAGAAUUUUCUUCUUACUAUUUUAAACACUUCACCACUGAAGUAUUUUUAUGGGUCUGAAUUAAUUCCAAGCAUUUUAUAUUUUUUUCAUGUCUACAUACCAUCUUGCCCUGAAGUUCUUGCUAGUUUAUUCAAUUGCCAUUAAAUUUUAGGAAAGUUCCAGCUUGUUCUAAAAACUGUUUACUUGCAUAUCAGUGAUGCUUAGUGUUGACUGUUGAAUUGGAAACUUCUCUUUGAAAUUGUGGUACAUUUUCAGGUGGCCUCACAUCUUUCUGAAGGUUCAUAAUAUUCGCUAAAGGCCUUGCAGAUGUUGAGGUACUUGACUUUUAAUGCAUUGUAAAGGCACAUUUAUAGAUUUCAAAUGUUGUCUAAAGUGACGCUUUUAAUGGUGAGAAAAUGAUGAUGUGUCUAAAACGUAUUUUAAUACUAAAGUAUUAGAAUUUUUAAAGUGAACCAGUAUGUGGUAAUGUAUGACUUUCUUAGGAUUUAGUUACUGUUCAGAUUCACCAUUUCUGUUUCGAUCUUAAAUAAUUUGGUUAAUUCCCUGGGGAAGCCUUAUUAUUUUUGUCUUUAUAGGUUAACUUAUUCUGGCUCUGAAAAGCAUUGGAUCAAGUUUUCUCAGUGAAGAUCCUUAAUGAGUUUUCUUUGGCUUCUUUUCUCUAUUUUUACAGUAAAUUGGUAGUUUUAUAUCAACUUUUUCAAUAAAAGAUGCAUUCUCAUUGCUGGCUUUGAACAGUCCAGGGAGAUUUAUAACCAGGUUGAAAAGCAUGUCUUGUACCUCUUAACUUCCCUCAGCCUUUAGUUUGUGGGUCAGAGACAUUGCUUAGGUGUUCACAGUGCAAAUGUUUGCCUGGUGUGUGUAGCUCUGCCACUCCAGACCAGCCUUUUCACAGAAGCAUUUAUGGUUUGCACGUUUCCAGCAGUUAUAUGGGGCAUUGUCCUAUUAACGUAUAAAAAGAGGUUUUUAGAAUGUCUAUAGGAAGUAUUCAUUUCAGGAAAAAAUUUUUUUAAAAAUCCAAUUAGCUUUUUAUAGUAAAAAUAAUAGAGUCAAAAUUUCAAUUCUUUCAUGAGAAAUCUUUCUGGAUUGGUUUGUAGAUACAGUGGGGGGAAGUGAUCAUGUGUGAUGAUCCAGCGUCUUUGGAGCCGUACCCUGUUUUAGCGAUAUACCAAGAGAUCUGUUCCGCGGGGGGCUACCUAUUAACGCUGUCUUCGUACUUGGUAGAAUUGCCUAUGAAUAUCAUUUUGCUGUAUCCAUUCUUUCUCUUGUCUCUUAACAUGAGAUGAAAGGCUUUAGGCAAAUAAACAGACAAACUGCCUCGUUACUGGCUGAGCGUUCCAUUAGCAGGCCAUAGCCAGUGUUUUACCUGCCUUAUAAAAGUGGUGUCUUGGAUAGGGUGAGUUUGGAUGGGUCCCUAUGUUACAGAUAAGUAGGUUGACCUAAACCCAGGCAAAAAUCAUUGAAAAAAAAAAAGUUUUUAUUUUUUCCUGGAGUUUUCUUUCUUUAAGUAGUUUAUAUGGAAGUCUUCAUUAGACUUUUUUUCCCCCAAAGAAAUAUUGAAAUGUAAUUUAGGAUGAUUUAGGUUGGCUGCCAUCCAAGGAAGCCAGCGUGGGCUACAUCUUCCUGGCUUACAUUUAGAUCUGAAAAAAUUUUAGUCAAGGAAUAGGGCGCAAUGAAGACAAGCUUCAGUUAUGAAAGUACAAACUGUGUAAGUGGUUUUUUAAGAUGACAUUAAGAAGCCCAUUGUAAGAGCCCAUUUGCUGUGUUGGGUUAGUUUUUCUUACUUACAUCGUGUUGUAGUUCUGUUUUGGCUCUCAUCUAUGUUAGAGUGCCUAAGACGUAUUUGGGAGACUUGUUUAAAACCAUUCACUAGCUUUAUGUCAGGGAUUGCCCUCGUGGGUCUGGAUUGUGACCCUGGAAUCAUCCCUUUGAUAGACAGUGUUGGAGGCGGCUCAGAGACCGGUAGAGAGCCGAGCGGACGGACAGGUGCUACGUGCGGCUCCAGGUAGGUUCUCUGCUGCCAGGACUAUAACCGAUGGCUCACCGUGUUCAGAGUCAUAGGGGCAAUGUCUUUCAUCUAGAGAAUUAGCUAAGCUUGUUAAAGCUGUUUUUCUAAAUUAAGAUAUCCUAGUGCCUUCUCUGAAAAAUGAAUGUACAAGUGUCCUGUUUACUAACAGAUGUAAUUAGGAUUAAAAAAAAACCACUUUUUGAAGGGUGUUUUUUAAAAAGGAAAAUUUAGCACUGUGACUUGAACCUCUCAUCUUUCGUGCACAGAACACCUUAAGCUAAUAAAAAUAAAAACAAAAAGGAAGGAGAAAAUAACUAAAAAUUAGUGACAGAAGUACCCCCAUAACAGGAACUUUCCAAAACAGGUCUAGGAGCAGAAGGAUUUCAAAAGAAAAUGUUCCUCCUUGGAAGGAAUUUUCAUGUGCCAGAACUAAAAUUUAACUGUAGUGCUCUUCUGACCAAGGAAAGGUUGCAUUUGAUUCCUGAAGAUUCCUAAUUUAGAUGGCUAAAUGCUGCCAUGGACUUAAUCCUUAAAGGGAUCCAUAUUAAUCCUGAGCAUCUACAAGUUUUCGUUUUCUUUUCUUUAUAAAAUGAUUCGUUGAAAAUUCUUUCUCCCAGACCCUUGCCUUUGAAUGGCUUUAAAAUUUAAUACCCGUUUUUAAAAGUGCAAUGGGAUGAGAUUAUGCUAUUUUAAAAGCAUGUUUUCUGUUUCUUAGUUGUAAGGUCAUUUAAUUGAAUAAAGAUCAUAGCACCAA